AUUUGACGUCACGAAGGUGGACGUCAUCUUGAAUGAAAAAUUCUUAUUUUAUUAUUUAUUUUGCUAAAUUAAACACGUAACGCGGAGCAAUAAUCAGUGUUAAAAGAUUAAAUUAAAUAACCCUGUGAUGUUUUCAAUCAAUACCAGUUGUGUGUUUUAGUAAGGAGUGAAGGUGACGCUAUACGCUAUUGUGUCGGUGAUGUAAUUUAGGUGAUUGGGUGGCUUCCUAGUCCUAAGUACUAACUACAAUGGAAGAGUCCUCAUUCACGAUCCCGGCCGACGACAAUGGUGAUACUGAGCUCGACCCUAGAAUACAGGUGGAGUUGGAGAAGCUCAAUGCCGCCACAGACGAGAUCAAUAAGCUGGAACUUGAGCUAGAUGAGUCUAUGAAGACUUUCCACCUGCUUCUGAACGAGACAUCACGGCGGCUGCAGGCGUGGACCAAGCGACUGGGCACCUGCGUGGACAAAUCCAGGCCUUAUUACGACGCUGUGGGAGUCGCCACUACAGCGAGACAGGAGUGCCAGAAGGCUGCUGUCCAGUUUCAAAGGGCUAGUGAGCUGCAUGCUGCUGCAAAAGAGACGGUAACGCUAGCUGAGCAGCGGUUCGUGAGCAAACAGGAUGAGUGGCAGUUCGACAGCAACUGGCAGGAGGUGCUCAACCAUGCCAUCAUCAAGGUUAUGGACGCUGAAAAACGCAAGGCGGAGAGCGGUCGUGAGCAUCAGAAGAAAGCGGCCGCAUAUAUAGCAGCUGAGAAGAAGGUGACCCAAUUAGAAGAGAAUCUAAAACGCAACAUCAUCAAAUCGCGAGUAUACUUCGAGGAGAAGAAACUGUGCGACGAACAACUUCAAACACAGAACGAAAAGAUUGAGAAGCUACAGCGUCUCAUAGCUGACGCCAAGUUCCGAUACUCCAAGUCUCUCAAAGCCCUCGAGAAGAUUUCUGAAGAAAUUCACAGAAGACGUGGAGAAUAUCCUCCAGAUAAAGACAGUAUUCCUGUAGGGCCGAGAGAGCCAGGAGUCGGAGCUGAAAGAGAUGCCAUCCAUGACGAGGACGCUGCCAAAGCUGAACAUGAGAAAGACGAAGACUCCAGUCUCCAAGAACUGAGGAUGAGAGUCAGAGAACUGGCUUCUAAGCCAAUAGAGAAGGACAUAGAAACUGAUGAAGCAUGGGCUCUGGAACUGAACGAGACUAUCAACAAACUAGACCAGUUGCUGAUGAUGAAGGAAAAUAACCAGCAGAAGAGGUCUAAAUUCACCGCAAGCUCCCCAAGAAAUUCUAGUGCGCCGUCAACUAGUACUAACUCGGGGAAAUACAGUCACCCACCGAGUGAUAGCUGGAAAACUGACACUAACUUAACCAGGACUAAAUCUAUUAGCAAAGACGUUGUGUAUGAACACAGUAACCCACCGAUUGCGAAGACUGAAAAGUCAAAAAGCAUGAUGUCUUUAGAUGUACUCGCUUUAGCUCGAGAUACCAAUAUGAUGGAUAGGGAAUCAUACUUGAAAGCGGUUAUAGAAGACAAGUCCCCUACUGGGACGUAUACAGAGAGCAAUUCUGACAGAAAUGAUACUCCAGAUGAAAUCCUGAUGGUGGAGUGUGACUCCAGUGAUUCUAAUCAGAACCCAGUCAUUAGAAUGACGAGUUCCACGGUAUCUGAUAGUGACAACAGUUAAAUAUGACGACACGCGCACGAUCGUUGAUUAUAUCAUUUCUUUCAUUGGUUGUGGAUUUAUUUACUAUUUUAAUAAUAAUAAAAAUUGCAAAUGUUGUGCAGCCUUUAAAAAAAAUCGUAAGAUCAUUUUGUUUGUGAAAUGCUUUAAUUUUAUUAUGUUCUAGUUAAUGAUCGUGUGGUAAAAAAUGUUUGUAACUCACAAUGCAACCUUUCACUAUCGAAUGUCAAUUUUUUAACGUUAGAUGUUUUUCUAGUAAACUUUAAAAGUUAAUAAAAAUUCGUAAAGUUGGUUUUUGUGUUACUGUUUAGUUUUCCCGACAAUGCUAGAAUUGUUAUCUUUGCAAGGAUACUGAUAAAAUAAAUACUCAAUUAAGAUAAUUAUCACCCACAGAUGUAUUCAAAUAUAAGUAUUUACGUACACAUAAGCUCAUUUCUUGUGAAAUCAUACUGCAUUUUGUGUUUUUCCAGCGGAUCACGUACAUAAACACAUUGUCAUUCAUUUUGUGAUCAAACUGUCUAAUGAAAUAUUACAUUGUAAGCGUUUUGAUAUAAAUUCUGGCAUUGUUGAGACACGUUCUUAGAUUACGAUGUAUUUUUGAGCGAUUUUGAACUGUCGGUUUCGUAAAAUAUAAUCUAACAUUAAGAAAUUACCUUUAUGCUUCAACAGUUUUGAAUGAAUAGUCAGUUACCUUAGUUAGAAUGGUUAGUUUGUUCAUUCAUUUUUACGAUUUAUCCAUAUUCUUCAGCAGUAUUGUUACUUAAGAAAUAUUCUAAAGUUUUCGAAAACGACAGUCCCAAAAAUCGCUAUUAGUAUAAUCUUCAAAAAUAAUGGUCAAACAUCUCGAUAGGGUGCAGUCAGAUUAAAUUGAAAUCUUUAUCUAAUUCUAUACACCUGGGGCAAUUAAGGCAAAUUAUCGAGAUAUAUGUUUGAUUAUAUUUUAACGGGCUUAUGAUAUUAUUAACAUUAGAAUCGACACUUAAUUUCACUAAUGAGCCAUACCAGUCCACCGACUAGCGCUCACAAAUAAUUAUUUAUUUUUCGUCAUAAAAAACUUCUUCGUGUCAUUUCCUUGUUAGAAGUUUACUUACUUACUGAUAAGAAUUGAUAGUGAACAUGCGAAAGCAUCAUAGAACUAAUUUCGAGGUCACGUUUUCAAGGUUUCACAUAUUUUGUAAAGCAUUUUUAUCGAUAGAUUUGGUGCAAAAUUGAAUGAAAUUGGAAUUUGCGUGUUGGAAAAGGGUAUAUUUUUUAAGGAGUCUAGAUAAAUAUUGAGUAUUUGUUCAAUUGUUUAAUUUGUUCUUUAUGCGUUACUUUUUCUCCUACGUCUGUAGUCUGAACUUUUAAAUUCUAAUAAUUUCAAUACAUGUGACAUUUUCACAGUGCCUUCAUUUCUCAUUAACACUUUUUAUAAAUUUACAACAAAGACUGGAUGAGGUUGGUACUUAAGACGGUUUUAGAACUAAAACUUAAUAUAUAUUUAUAUGUUUUUUAUUAAAAUUAUAUAAAACAACGCAAUGAGGGUUCACUAACAUACUCAUAAGUUUAAGAAUAAUAAAAAUAUGUUUAAAACAUCAGCAUGUUGCAUUUAUAAUCGGAAUACCGAGUGAGCUCGUGGCAAUGGGUUGAUAUACAUGUUGGAAAACUGCCAAGCGGUUUCAAAUAUCCCAAUAUGGCUUUAAUUACUAACAUUUUAGUCUUUUCUUUAUUUCUUAUGAUUUACUAACGCGUUGUGAUGUAAGUCCCAUUGUCACUUGAAAGUUUAGAAAUAAAAUUACUUACAUUUAAGAAUACUUUUAAGUUACUUCUUUAAAGUUGUGAAAAACAAUGAUAACACGAUAAAUCAGUAAGCGAAAAAAUAUUGUCUCUAACAAAGAAUGAAAUUAAAAAAUAUGAAUCCUUUCGGGAAAAGUAAAAAAUACUCAUUAUCAAUCUGUAAUUGGAAGAAAAUCUAAUAUAAUGUGUUUGAUCACGGAAAGCACCUAUGGUAAUAUUGUGUCGCACUUUCAAGAGUUUUCACAUAAAUGUUGUACACAUAGUAAUGAAGUCUGUAUGUUCGUAAUCAAAUUUAAAUUCCACUCUACGUGUUUUCAAUAAAAUGAAUGUUC